GAAAAUUUGCCGGUACAUACUACGGUAAAAUUCGGCAGGUAGUUGAAAGACGAUGUGCAGCGCUAUUUGGUUCUUCAUUGAAGAAGACCGCUAGAGGGAAGGUCGCACACUCUUGGCACCUACCUCAAAAUACCAUAGUAACCAUGAACCUUUGCGCAGCCUUUUUUGCAGUAAUAGUUUUGGUAUGUGACACGAUUCUCGUGGAUGCGGAGAACGAUCUCACUCUCACCAUCACCGCCGAUGGCGCUGCUGACGAUGACCGCAAUGGAGUUGGAGUCGUCGCCGACGAAAUAUUGGAUAUAAAUGACGUCAUGGAUUACAACAACAGCAACGACGAGUGGUCAUCGUUGCUUUCGGACGAUGGCAACGUGACCAUCUCGUCGGAGGAGGUGGGAUCCAACCUUUUGGAUCUCCUCGAGGCGUACGACCUCCGUCUGGAAUCUCUGGCCACAAUGUUUACGGGUACUUACUUUCCCGACAAUCCCCGGGAUUCGGAUACCGGAUGCGCUCGUCCCGGCUAUUGUGAAUCGAUGCCGACGUUCUGGAAAUCCGAAGUCGUCACACCCGUGAACCAGGGGGUUAACGGAUCCCUCGUCCAAGCGGUGCUCUUCACCAACGGACACCGCAACCCCGAGAAUCCGCAGCGGGUCCUGUCGUUCGCAGGAGCAAUGCUGUGGGGGUCGGGUGUAGAACCCGAGGAGACAGCGAUGCCAGAAUCGACAUGCCUCGCGGCCGCGUAUCAAUUUAAGAACACGGAGGCCGAACCGGCGUGGCAGCACCUUUGCCUCGAAAACGGAUACGUCGUGCCGGACAUGCCCGAGUGGGAGGCGCAAAUUCGUGCGCUGGUCGAGGAGACAAAGCCCACGUUUUUGACCGGGCACAAAAUGGGGUGCGACAUUGCCAAGACGGUCGGAAUAUUGAACCCGGAUCUGCCGGUGGUCUGUUGGUCUGCCACGGGAACCCUCAACCAAGCUUGGAUCGACGCCUACCCAGGUCUCGCAGAUGCUCUCGAAAGCGGGAACCGCACAAACGACAACAUGUACGUCAUGCAAAUUAACAUKGACGCGCAUUCGAUGUGCCUGCUUCCAAAACCUUCCCCGGGGUCCGGGGUGGCAAAUGUUUGUGUCUACGGUAACAAAGACCGCUGCGCGGACAACAAAUAUCCUUUUGAUUGGGAUCCCACGAGCAUGUGCUCCCUAUCGACGUCUGGUACACUUGGCUUGUUGAGAGGAAUCUGGGACAUAAACUUUGAGGAGGCUUGUAUCGCGAAGGAAUACGUCGGGAGUGAUUUUCGGUUGCGAUACUGUCCCCACGAAAACUAUACGCAGGCUCCCACAGAAGAGGGCAAUACUACUAGUAGCAGUAAUCUGGGCAUUGGGCAUUCGUUUGUGGUAUCCCAUCGCCGAUUUUCUGCCACGUUUCUUCUCCUGGCAGCUCUGGAACUAUUUUUCGCAUUUUCCUAAAGGAAGAAGUCGUUUAGUGAGGGGCAAUUUCUCCUCCACCUUGCCAGAAAAAUAAGCGGAUUUGGGAUUG